UGCGCCCGGGAUAGCACCGUCCCGCUGGCCAGGAGUUGGGAUACUAGACGACGAGGUAAGUCCGCGAAGCAGCAGAUCGGGGACGCGAGGCGGAAAUGCUCCUGUUACCUGUGGUGGCGACGCUUCCGGACCAACCGGAAGCGUACCGCCGGGAACUACAACUCCCAGGAGCCCGCGCGGUGCGCCCUGUUAGACGCCGGGGGAGCGGCCGCCAUUGUCCGCCGCCGAAGUGAGGCGGUCGCCGAGGCGGUGGGGCUGCAGCCGAUGCAGCCACUGAGGGCUAGGAGGGUCGGGAGAACGAGCGGAAAGGCGCGGCGCCUGCGAGCGGGACCGGCGCGGUGCGAGGGCGGGUUCCACGUCUACCCUUUCCGUGCUGGCUUCGCGUCCCCGUUUCCCUUAGUUCUCCCGCCUCCGGGCUCGCGGCCGCGCUCGGCCGGCUGGCCGCGCCCUGGGGAGCCCUGCACGUCGGCCCUGGCGCCUUGGCUCAGCGGCCGGCCGGGCACGUCUUUGUCUCCGCGGCCGCGCGCGAGGGUCCCAGGUGCACCGCCGGGCCGAACCCUGGAGCGGAACAAAAGCCGGACGCCCCCAGCCGAGCGCCCCCGAGAUUGCUAAGUCGCUUGUCCAGAGCGGCGGGGACCGGCUCGCGGGGCGGGGAGGCCGGGAGCCGCGAACCAGCGGGUGUUUUCUCGUCCUCGCGGGUUCGCCGGAGGCGCUGAAGGACGGCGUCGAACGCGGGAGGGGAACAGGCCUCGCUUCCUUGACGCUUGCAGUGACGACGGACUUCGUUAAGUUGCAAACAGCGGUGCGGAAUAGUUUGCCUACUUUGAGUUUUGGAGCAGGUCCCGGUGUUCCGGAGGCCCAGUAGGCGUCCUGGUGCUUUAAGCGCGCUCCCAGGAAUCCGCAGAGCUCUGCCAGUUGGCCCUGGAGGCCUCAGAGAGGUCUUGGGGCUUGCACAAAGACUUGGAACCUCCGGAGUUUGUGGUCUCGGCUCCAGGAAACACGACAGCCUUGGGCCUGAGAAAGGACGGCUUUUGUGGUUUCCAUUUUGUCAUUAGGUUGGUACGGCAGUUGUAUUCCGUCAGUUACCGGAGUCCCUAGCCCUGUGCACCUGCGCAGGCACCCGGUGCAUUGAUCCUGUGAGAUGGCAGCCAUAAACCCGUGGGCCUCCUGGGGUGUCCUUACGGACCAGUCCUGGGGAAUUGCAGCUGUUGAUCCAUGGGCCUCCUGGGCUCUGUGUCCUCAGGACUGCCAUGUGGAAGAGAAUGCCGAGGAGGAGAGGAGGGCCACUGGGCUCCCAAAAGCCCAAAUCCAGGGACCUUUGUGAUUACACUGAGCCCUCCUGGUUCAUCCAAGGAACCAGUGACCUUCAAGGAUGUGGCUGUGGAUUUCACCCAAGAGGAGUGGGGGCAGCUGGACCCUGUUCAGAGAACCCUAUACCGUGAUGUGAUGCUGGAGACCUAUGGGCAUCUGCUGUCUGUGGGGAAUCACAUUGCCAAGCCGGAGGUCAUCUCUCUGUUGGAGCAAGGAGAGGAGCCAUGGUCCGUGGAACAGGCAUAUCCUCAAAGCACUUGUCCAGAGUGGAUGAGAAAUCUUGAAAGCAAAGCAUUGAUCCCAACACAAAGCAUUUUCGAGGAAGAACAAUCCCAUAGCAUGAAGUUGGAAAGAUACAUAUGGGAUGAUCCUUGGUUCUCCCGGUUAGAAGUCUUAGGAUGUAAAGACCAAUUAGAAAUGUAUCACAUGAACCAGAGUACAGCUAUGAGGCAAAUGGUCUUCAUGCAAAAGCAAAUACUAUCUCAAAGAGGUUCUGAAUUCUGUGAACUUGGAGCAGAGUAUAGCCAGAACUUAAACUUUGUUCCAUCUCAGAGAGUUUCUCAAAUAGAACAUUUCUAUAAGCCUGGUACAAAUGCUGAAAGCUGGCGGUGCAACUCAGCCAUAAUGUAUGCAGAUAAGAUUACCUGUGGAAACCAUGAUUAUGACAAAGCCUGCCACCAGUCCAUACAGCCUAUUCAGCCUGAAAAGAUACAAACUGGAGAUAAUCUUCUCAAAUGUACUGAUGCUGUUAAAUCUUUCAAUCAUAUACUACAUUUUGGUGAUCAUAAGGGAAUGCAUACAGGAGAAAAACUCUAUGAAUAUAAGGAAUGCCAUCAAAUCUUUAACCAGAGCCCAUCAUAUAAUGAACAUCCACGACUUCAUAUUGGAGAAAACCAGUAUGAUUACAAAGAAUAUGAGAAUAUCUUUUAUUUCUCAUCAUUUAUGGAACAUCAGAAAAUUGGUACUGUAGAGAAAGCAUAUAAAUAUAAUGAAUGGGAGAAAGUCUUCGGGUAUGACUCAUUCCUUACUCAACAUACAAGCACUUAUACCUCAGAGAAACCCUAUGAAUAUAAUGAAUGUGGGACAUCUUUUAUCUGGAGCUCCUACCUUAUCCAGCAUAAGAAAACACAUACUGGAGAGAAACCCUAUGAAUGUGAUAAAUGUGGAAAAGUGUUUAGGAAUCGUUCAGCCCUUACUAAACAUGAGCGUACUCACACUGGAAUAAAGCCCUACGAAUGUAAUAAAUGUGGAAAAGCCUUCAGCUGGAAUUCUCAUCUAAUUGUACAUAAAAGAAUUCAUACAGGAGAGAAACCUUAUGUAUGUAACGAAUGUGGGAAAUCUUUCAACUGGAACUCCCAUCUUAUUGGACAUCAGAGAACUCAUACCGGAGAAAAACCUUUUGAAUGUAAUGAAUGUGGGAAGUCUUUCAGCUGGAGCUCCCAUCUUAUUGCCCAUAUGAGAAUGCAUACUGGAGAGAAGCCCUUUAAAUGCGAUGAAUGUGAAAAAGCUUUCAGGGAUUACUCUGCCCUUAGUAAACAUGAAAGAACUCACUCUGGAGCAAAACCAUACAAAUGUACGGAAUGUGGAAAAUCCUUCAGCUGGAGCUCCCAUCUUAUUGCACAUCAGAGAACUCACACAGGAGAGAAACCCUAUAACUGUCAGGAAUGUGGCAAAGCAUUCAGAGAGCGCUCAGCCCUCACUAAACAUGAAAUAAUUCAUUCUGGAAUCAAGCCUUAUGAAUGUAAUAAAUGUGGAAAAUCCUGCAGCCAGAUGGCUCACCUCGUUAGACAUCAAAGGACUCAUACUGGAGAAAAGCCCUAUGAGUGUAAUAAAUGUGGGAAAUCCUUCAGCCAGAGCUGUCACCUUGUUGCUCAUCGGAGAAUUCACACCGGUGAGAAACCCUAUAAAUGUAAUCAAUGUGAAAGAUCCUUUAACUGUAGCUCUCACCUUAUUGCACAUCGGAGAACUCAUACUGGAGAGAAACCAUACAGAUGUAAUGAAUGUGGGAAAGCAUUUAAUGAGAGUUCUUCCCUGAUUGUACAUCUUAGAAACCAUACUGGAGAAAAACCCUACAAAUGUAAUCAUUGUGAGAAAGCUUUCUGUAAGAAUUCUUCUCUUAUUAUUCAUCAGAGAAUGCAUAGUGGAGAGAAACGCUUUAUAUGCAAUGACUGUGGAAAAGCCUUUAGUGGUCACUCGGCCCUACUUCAACAUCAGAGAAAUCAUAGUGAAGAGAAACUGUGAAUUGAAUUGAUAGAUCUUUCUUUUAUUGUACAUUUGGUAACACAUUGAAAAAGAAAAAAAAAAACCCCUAUAAACUAAGAGGGGAAAUUUUUUAGUAAGAAUCCAGGAAGACUUACUACUCAAUAGAACAUAUCUUCUUAGAAGAAACCUAUGAAUGAGAAGACUGGAAAAAGUUUUCAGAAGUUAUGUAGCCUUUAUUUAACUCAGAUAAUUACAGUGAAGAAAACUCCCAAACUCCCCUAAUGGUUCACCAGGAAUCCUACUUAAGGAACAUGAAUGUAGGAAAUGAGACUUCUUUUCGCAAGAGAUUUCAGCUAUUUGUGGAUCUGAGUGCAUUGUUGAGGGGAAAACCUUAUUCUGGGAGAAGUUUUUCAAUGACAAUACACUGUUUUGCAUCAAGCUGGAAUGAUGGAUGGGAAGCUUAGUGGAAGUACAGAUUUUGCUGUUGUAAAGGGAGGAUGUGGGUGUCCUUUAAGGAACAGAAUAUGAAAUACUAAAUCUGAAUUUAAGAAAAAAUAGUAUUGAAUGGGAUAUUUACUAUUGAUCAAGAUUAACCUUAGAAAAGAUUAGUAAAUGAGAUUACUAAUGGUGGAAAGAUUAUUACCUAGAAGUGUGAGACUGAUGGUGGAACAAGAGGUGACAGUUUAUGACCCAGUGUGUCAGUGUCCAUGGUUCACUCAUGAUUGCAUCGUUGGACAAUUCAUUUGUAAUUUGUUUUAGGCAAUCACUAAAGGUUAUAAUUGUGGACACUGCAUCAGUAUACAUAAUGUUAAGGAAUGAAAGAAUGCAAAGUUGUACAUACAUAUCUAUUAUAACAUCUUAAAAAAUGUAUACCAUCUGGAUAGAGACUGGAAGGACCCAUGGAGAAAUUAACCUUGUUAAUUUAAGAUUUUUUUUAAAGUUUUACAAACACAUACAGCACUUAUCAUGUGCUAGGCUUUGUUUUAAAUGCUUUUCAAAUA